CAAGCCACAAAUGCAAUUUCCGUCUUCCUUCGUUCCAGGAUCAUAAUCACCAUUCUCAUUGUCUUCGGAAAGGAUAUCAUUGAGUAAUGCUUCAGAACCAGUAUGAAGACUAGCUUCACUUUUGAAGAUAUCCUAUUCAAAAAGAGAGUCAAGAGUUUCAGAACUAGAAGUGUAAAGAGAGUUCUGAUACUCAUAAGUCAUAAGGAACAUGACAAGAAAAGCUAGAUACCCGAACAUGACAAGACUCUCAAGCUCCUUAUUUGGCCUGACCUUUUCAAAUUGAAUCCAAUGACCAGAAAAGAUACAUUUAUGUGGCACAAAUCUAUAACGGUAUUUAGCAAAACGAUCACUACCAGGGAUACUUCCAAGGGCUGUAUGCUUGUGUAGAGAAUCUUCUUUCUUCUUUAUAUGUUGAGAACCUGGUCCUUCCGGCAGCUGAAGAAGCAGAGUCUAUAUGGACAAAGAAGUUUGGCUAUACAAAGAUGACUGACCAGCAAGUAAUUAUAAACUGAUUUUGCUUCGAAUAAAAUAACAACGUUUCAACAACAAAGUUUCCAUUGAAAACUGAAUCCAAAAAGAAAAAAAGAAACAAAUCCAUUACACAUAAGAAAAGCGAUGAAACUCAAAGAGGAAUCACACACAGCGAUUUGAUAAUAUCAUCAGACAAGAGGAAGCAAAUGUGCUUAGUUAUGUUCUACCCUAAGCAUCUUCUUCUUCUUCUACUACUUGAAGAGUUGGAUUCAUAGCUGCUAGUCCCUGAAACUCCAAAUAUAUCUCCUUUCUUCAAUAGCUUUAGUUGGAUCUGGAUGAUCAAAAUGCUCCAUCAAGGCAUUUUCAGGUACCGCAAUGAAGGAGUUAAAGUUCAAAUCCCUCAAUCUUCUAUGGAGUUUUCCAUAGAAGUGAUCACCACUUAUCGUCAGAAUGUAAGAUGAAGGAGUGGUAAGUUGAGCAUGGGAAAUAGCACUUAGAAGAAUUGAUGUAGUCAACUCUAUCUCUGCAAGUGACUCGGCUGAAAACAAGGCACAGAUCUAACCCUAAAAAGUCAGUCGGUAUCAGCCGCAGAUAAAAAGGAAGCGACCCUCUCAACCCUAAUUGAGUUUUCUUCUUAUCCUGUUUCUCUCCUCCGGAAGAGAAAAAGUCUCUAAUUCACUCGCGUCGAAACCAUGCUGGGCUACAACGAGUUCUCAAUCGACACAGCCGUCUUCUGGCUCACCGAGGAAAUCCCAAACUCUAGUGAUCCCAAUCUUUCGAUUUCUCGUAAUAUCCUAUUAGCUCUUGAGAAAUUGGGUAUUCUUAGUUUGGGGGUGAUCAGGGUUUAUGCUCCUGAGGAGCCGAGCUCCAAAAAGGCUGAAUGGUGCGAUCCCAGGAUCUAUUACUAUUUCGAAGGGGAUAAAGACACUCGAGUUGACACAAUGUUUUUUGACCUUAUUACCUUUGCAUCUUGUUCUCGUACAAACCCAGCAAAUGUGAUGGUUAUCUCUAAAUCCCCCCUUAAAGACGAGUGUCUCAGGGUUCUUCGCUCUUUGGAAGCUAGAGGUUCCAAGGUUUUCUUGGUUCAGUCUGAUGAUGAGUCUGAGUUUUUUCGUUCUCAAGACUCAAUAUUGGAUUGUACAAGAUUAUUAGAUGGUUCCAUUCCUGUGGUCUUUGACGGUGAUUCUGUUCCUAUGGAACUUGACAAUGCUUCUGCUACUAGCAGCACUAGCUGGGAAACUGAUACUGAUCCUGAGAAUGAAUGAAGAGGGAUUAAUUCUGUCGUGUCUUAACUUAUUGAAACUUGUAUUGCUUGUUUUGACUCUUAUGGGCUUUUAUAUUGGGCCUUAAAUGUGUACUCUCGGCUAUCUUUCGCAUCUUUUCUCCUUAUCUUUUUCCUGGUUGUGAUAUCUUUCACUUUUCAAUUUCAUUUUAGAUAAAAUAAAGUUUAGAUUCCUGUUCAAAUA